AUGUUAUGGAACAUAUUCUAUAAAUCUGUUUGGGAAUAUGUGACGAAUAUUACCGAACCAAGCAGAAAAGACAUGAACAAAAAAUCUGUUCAACUAUCAAAGUUUGACAAAGAGGCAGCAGAAUAUGCGAGAAUGUUUGCUUACGAAAAUUUCACCAACACAACUAUGAAACGACAGUUCAUCAAAGUCAUAGAGAGAGCAGGAUUAUACACAAUCAACGAUUCAACACUAUUAGAACAGAUAACAAGGACAAAGGCAGAGAUCAGUAACUUACACAGAAAGUCUAUCUACUGUUUACCUCGGGAAAAUUGUCUAUACCGCGCAGGGCUAGAGAAGAUCAUGUCUAAAAGUAGAUCGUACGAUGAACUACUGACAGUGUGGGAAGGUUGGCACCACAUAACGGGAAGAAGUGUUAAAGAACAUUUUAUAAAACUCACCAAGUUAAUGAACAAGGCUGUAAAAUAUAAGGGUCAUGACGACGUUGGAGAAUGGUGGGCAUCCUUUUAUGAGAUAUCAUACUUCGAGAAUGAUAUUGCACGUUUGUUUAAAGAACUAGAACCUUUGUAUCUAGAACUCCAUGCUUACAUACGUAAACAGUUACUUAAGAGAUAUGAAAAAGACAUAUUCCCAAUGUCUGGUCAUAUCCCAGCACAUUUACUCGGUUCUCUUGACAGUGGGAAACUGGAAAAGAUUUACCAAUUUGUGGAGCCCUUCCCAAACAAUAGCAGAGUGAAUAUAACGAAGAAAAUGAGGGAACAGCAAUUUAAUGUUACCCUAGUGUAUCGGAUCGCAGAGGACUUUUAUACUUCAAUGGGGUUUGAACCAAUGGAUGAUGAUUUCUGGGAGAAUUCGAUGUUUGUCGAGCCCAGUAACAGAUACGUUUUUUGUAACCCUUCGUCUUGGGACUUCGGUGAUGGAAAAGAUUAUAGAAUAAAGGCCUGUACCCGAAUUGACGAGAAGAAUCUAAUUAUGGCACAUCAUGAGGUGGGGCAUAUUGUCUAUUACCAAAGUUACAAACACCAGGAUACCAUAUUCAGGAAUGGCGCUAAUCCUGCUUUCCAUGACGGAGUUGCCAGUCUUGCAUCUUUGUCAGUAAAGACACCAGAACACCUUCACAAGAUUGGCUUCACUGAAACCAUACUAGAAGAUCCAGAAAGAGAUAUGAACUACCUGAUGAAAUUGGCUUUAGAAAAAGUAGCUCUUUUACCCUAUGCAUAUGCAAUCGAAUAUUGGCGAUGGGGUGUUUUCAGGGGACAAAUAUCUCCCUCAGAAUACAACAAGAAGUGGUGGGACAUCAGAUGCCGCUAUCAAGGAAUUUCACCGCCAGUUGAACGAAGAAAGGAAGAUUUUGAUCCUGGUUCCUUGCAUCUUGUUGCUACGAAUCAACCUUUCAUUAAGCAUUUCGUAAGUGUAAUUCUACAAUUUCAAUGGCAUGAGGCCCUUUGUAAAGCAGCGGACCAUAAAGGACACUUACACAGGUGUAAUCUGUAUGGAAGUAGAACUGCUGGACAUAUUCUAAAAAAAGCACUAAGCUUGGGGUCAUCUAAAUCCUGGCAGAAUGUGAUGCGUGUUGUAACAGGUCAAAGGCAGAUGAGUGUCAAACCAUUGAUGAAGUAUUUCAAUCCUCUUCUGUUGUGGCUGAGGGACCAGAAUAAAGAGGAAAAUAUAGGCUGGGCGAGGUCCUGUCCCUCCAUCAUACCCCAAUUACAGACUCCAACUCCUCUCGAUCACCCAGAUAAGUACAUGAAAAGACAAGUAGCCUCUUGCACAACCGCUGCUGACUGUACAUGUGCUGAUAACCAGGUUGCUGCCUGUCACCAUGGACACUGUUCAUGCCACCAUGAUAGUGGUCAUCACCCGAAAAGACAAGUAGCAUCAUGCACAACCGCUGCUGACUGUACAUGUGCUGAUAACCAGGUUGCUGCCUGUCACCAUGGACACUGUUCAUGUCACCAUGAUGGUGGUCAUCAUCCACGUGCUCUUUGCCAUAAUGGCCACCAAUGCACAUGCCCUGACGGACAGACGGGUGUAUGUAAUUCAAAUGGACACUGUGACUGUGGAAACAACGGGAAAAGACAAGUAGCCUCAUGCACAACCGCUGCUGACUGUACAUGUGCUGAUAACCAGGUUGCUGCCUGUCACCAUGGACACUGUUCAUGCCACCAUGAUAGUGGUCAUCACCCAAGACAAGUAGCUUCAUGCACAACCGCUGCUGACUGUACAUGUGCUGAUAACCAGGUUGCUGCCUGUCACCAUGGACACUGUUCAUGCCACCAUGAUAGUGGUCAUCACCCACGUGCUCUUUGUCAUAAUGGCCACCAGUGCACAUGUCCUGACGGACAGACAGGUGUUUGUAACUCAAAUGGACACUGCGACUGUGGAAACAACGGAAAAAGACAAGUAGCCUCAUGCACAACCGCUGCUGACUGUACCUGUGCUGAUAACCAGGUUGCUGCCUGUCACCAUGGACACUGUUCAUGUCACCAUGAUGGUGGUCACCAUCCACGUGCUCUUUGUCAUAAUGGCCACCAGUGCACAUGUCCUGACGGACAGACAGGUGUUUGUAACUCAAAUGGACACUGUGACUGUGGACACAACGGGAAAAGACAAGUAGCCUCAUGCACAACCGCUGCUGACUGUACAUGUGCUGAUAAUCAGGUUGCUGCCUGUCACCAUGGACACUGUUCAUGUCACCAUGAUGGUGGUCAUCAUCCACGUGCACUUUGUCAUAAUGGCCACCAGUGCACAUGUCCUGACGGACAGACAGGAGUUUGUAACUCAAAUGGACACUGUGAUUGUGGACACAACGGAAAACGUCAGACUACCUCUUGUGUAACAACUGACGACUGCACAUGCACUGGAGAUCAUGAAGUGGCCAGUUGUGAAAACGGAAUGUGCCACUGUCACCAUGAUCCCCACCACGACAACGGAAACCACAACCCACCCCAUCAUCCAGGAAAACGCCAGACUACCUCUUGCGUAACAACUGACGACUGCACAUGCACAGGAGAUCAUGAAGUGGCCAGUUGUGACAACGGUAUGUGCCACUGUCACCACGAUGGUCACCAUGACAACGGAAAUCACAACCCACCACAUCAUCCGUGA